UAAUGCCUCCGCCACGAACCACAUCAUUGAAUGUUGAUGUACCAGACUAUUCAAGACCGAAAAGCAGAAAUCAACUGAAAAUUUGAACAUCUCGGCUCGUGAUGGAUCUAAUAAUAAAGGGACUUAAUGGAGCUUCGAAAUCUCUGACUGUGGGCUACAACGCCACAGUUGGUGAACUGAAGCAGCUCAUUUCGCGGGACUUCAGCGUGUCACCUCCUCAGCAGAAACUUUCUGCGAAUAACGGUCACCGAAUCGACCUUGAAGACGAUUCCAAAACCCUCAGUAGUUACGGUUUGCACCCGGGAUCCACAGUGAUGCUGAUCAUCACGAACCCUAGACCUUUCCAGGUGUUCGUCAAGAACGAGAAAGGCUCCACGGGAACUUACGAGGUUGCCAUUGAUGAGACCGUCGAUCAGCUCAAAUGUAAGGUCUUCAACAAAGAAAGAGUCCCUGUGGAUCAACAGAGACUGAUUUAUAACGGUAGACAACUGGAGUCUGGAAAGAUGUUGCAAGAGUAUGACAUCACAUCUGAGAGCACUAUCCACAUGACUCUGCGGCUCCGAGGAGGUUAAUGGAGAAAAUCAACGCGAGAGGAUUUUUUGUUGUUGUUAUUUUGAUUGGUAGGCUACUGUUACAAUGAUUAAACUUGUCAAUGUAAUUAAAAUAGUCCUAUGAAAUGUGUCUGUUCAAUUAUAGAUGAAAAAACUCAAGCACUUUGUUAGUCGGUCUGGGUAAGAGUAUUUGCUGUAAAUGUAAAUGUAGUGUAAUUCAUUUUAAUUUAUAUCAUUUAUAAGUAGUAGCAGAGUGUUGAGUUAAAAUCUGUUUUGUGAAUUGUGGUGAUGCAACAACGUACAGCAUUAAUGCAUAGAAUAAAAACUAUUAUGUCUUCAUGGAUUCUAUAUAUUUGUACUUUUUAUGAAUUAUGUUUUAUCAUAUUUUGACUUGUAAAUAAAAUGAUAAA